AUGGCGGCUCUCGACCAUGGUGCUUAUAGCGAUGAGAUGCCAGUAGAAAUCGCUCCAUUACCUCAGAAUUCCGGAGAGAAAGCUCUCAAGGAUAUCAUCUAUGGCUCUAUUGCUGGCAUGGUCGGCAAAUACAUCGAAUACCCCUUUGACACAAUCAAAGUCCGUCUCCAAUCACAGCCUCACGGCGUCCCCCUCCGCUACAAAGGCCCGUUAGAUUGUUUCCGCCAAUCCAUACAAUCUGAUGGCCUCCGCAGUCUCUAUCGAGGGAUCAGCGCCCCUCUCGCAGGCGCUGCUGUCGAAAACAGCAGUCUGUUUUUCAGCUACCGCGUAGCAAAGAACCUGCUCCAAUCUACCAUUUAUACCUCCUCGGACCAUCUACCAUUCACCGGUCUGCUGAUCAGCGGCGCGGCUUCCGGCGCUUUCACAUCCGUUCUUCUCACGCCAAUUGAGCUGGUGAAAUGCAAAAUGCAAGUUCCGUUGAGUACCACGGGCGCCAAACCGGGUCCAUUGACGAUAUUGGCUACUGUCUUUCGACAUGACGGCGUGUUUGGUCUCUGGCGGGGACAAAUGGGGACAUUGAUUAGAGAAACGGGCGGUUCUGCCGCUUGGUUUGGCAGUUAUGAAGGAGUCUCUGCACUUUUCAAGAAAUCGCAAAAGCAAACACAUGCAGAUACACAGCAUGAAGAAGAAGAAGUCCCUCUUGCAUUAUGGCAGCAAAUGCUCGCCGGCGCCGCUGCAGGCGUCAGUUACAAUUUCAUCUUCUACCCGGCCGACACCAUCAAAUCCCGCAUGCAAACCGAAGAUUUAUCAUUACCAUCAGGAAACAAACGAUCAUUUUGGGAUGUUGGGAGAUCAGUGUGGCACCAGCAGGGACUGAAGGGGUUGUAUCGUGGAUGCGGCAUUACAGUGGCACGAUCUGCUCCCAGUUCAGCAUUUAUAUUUUCGAUAUACGAAGGGUUAUGUCGGUAUUUUGACUAG